GAAUAAAUGAAGAGCAUUAACGUCAAAGGGGAAAUGCUAAAUGUUUGUAACGAACUCAUCGUGUGUGUCGGUUAAGCGAUUUCAAAAUAGGUUGACCAACCUCGAAGCUGCGAACGGGAAGCAAUUGCAAUAUUAUAUACGAAGGACUUUCUCAGUCGGAUCAGUUCAGAGAUCGGGUAGAAGCUAUUACGUAAGAAGUGUAGGAUGAAAGUAAUUCAGUAAGGAUCACGCAUGCGCGUGGAUGACUAGUCAAGUUUUAUAUUGAAAAUGGCAAAUAAUACUAUAAUACUCAUAUUAACAAUGAUGACGAGGUCAUAUAUUUUAACCCGGAAGUGGUCACCGGGGUUGCCCGAGACAUUCCAACUCAAAGCCCUUUAAACAGGCGCAUAAAAUCCCGCGGCCGUUCCCGGGUUAAAGAUGGAUAAGAGCAGUAUUGUACGUGCGGUGAGUUGGGCUUUUACUCAUAGCUUUAAACAGCAUAAAGAUUUGGUACAACGUGUACACGGAAGUACAGAGAGACUUCCCUGGAGUAGAGAUUCUGCUUGAAAUGCAGUUUUGAUACAUAGUCAUUCUCGACAAACGUACAUAAAGUUCAUCCAAGCGACAAGUUGUGUCCCCUAACCGUAGGCUAGGUUUAACUAGAGCGAGAGAGGAGAGAGAAUAGAUGGAAUUCGUUGACGAAUAACGUUUAUCGUCACGGCAGACAGUAUAGAAAUCCCGUUAAUGUUAGCUAAGUACAUAGAAUAUUGUAGGGGUUCUUACAAAUGCAAAUGCAGAUGUAUGCACCUCAAAUGUGAAACCGUUCUGGAUUAUGGUCUAUUAUUUUACUGAAUCAAUCAAACUGCGCAUUAGCUGAUUUACCACAUAGCACUGCACACUGUGAUUCUCUGCCAACAUAUAAGACAAAAAGUCCUAUCGACCAGUUUAUUUAGAGUGUUUCGCAUUCCCGGCGGAUCCACACAGUAUACCUUGUACAUGGCGACAAAGCGUUUACAGGAUACUCCUUAGAUUCUUUAACUGGGCCAAUACUACAGAUGUGUUCAAGGAUUUCCAAUGAGCCAAUUGGUCUAGCUCGAUCAAUAUUCAAGCGAGCUUCGAAGCUUGCAGCAGCAAUCGCACCGGGGGUGGCACUUCCUUGGGAAUAAUUCGACAGGAUGAUGGAAGUGAAAAAUGAGCGGAAGUGACGGGCGCUAUGGACUUGUAGCCAGGGUUGCAGGAGGUCCAUCUAAUUGUACGUGUCUCUGGGUGGAGAUGCCAGCGCCGAUGGAAUAUCGUAGCUAGAGGUCGGAGGUUAAUUCGCGAAAAAGGCAAAAGCCCUCUGCUAAUUAGCCAAGGCGUCAAAACUCGUUCCAUCGUCUUGUUCGCUGAGAACGCGAGACCUCCCGGCAUCCUCUUCGGUGAAGGACCUAUACGCGCCUGUAACCGGAAUUCGAGUGGAUUUAUAAUCGCGGACAGAGAACAAAAGCGGAUAAGAACGCCAUUAACGUUUGAGUGUAGCAACAAGUUGAAGCUCUCGUUCGGUAUUCAUAAUUGCGUGCGUACUCUCGUAAUGAGUUUUUCAAAUGAGUUCAGCUUUCUAUUUUCAUCCCAGUUACACCGUUCUGCCUUAUCGAGGCUGCUGCAUCAUUGUCCUAUUCGAAGUCGAUGAUCACGUGUCUCUAACGAUAAGAAAAACGUCUUCACGUGUCGACGCCGUUCGACAAUUCUAUGAACUUCCUGUAAUUUAGCCUUUAACUCUUGGAGUAGUAAUACGGCAGUGACGUUAGAGCCCAGCCAUUCGUUUCAGAAUUUUUAUUCCGUUUUAACUUUAUAUAAUUUUUUUCUUUCUGUUAUUCUUUUUUCUCUCCACCCCGCUCGCUUCCGGUUUCUCGCGGAAAAAUCUUUUUCCUAGUACGAAAAUUCGAGAAAAAAGCAACGCUGAGGUAGAAUGUGUCGGGAGUGAGUAAACAGCUAACGAGACAAAAAAAGGUAGUGUGUGUGCGUCUAUGGGAGGGAGAGAGAGGGUGAGGGGGGUGGGAGCCUGAGGAACGUAGCUGCGGGAAAACGAGAGUCCGAUCAAAGCCCCACAUUCAGAUUCGAUCAAUGGAAUCUGAUUUUCAUUCGAGAAGCUUAGCCCAUGCCGGAUUGGUAGGUUUUCGAAUUUCACGAGGCGUCUUUUCUUCGUGGAAGGCUUCUAUAGAUUUUUUGUACGGUCUUCAACGUUUCUCUCUCUCUCUCUCUCUCUCUCUCUCUCUCUCUCUCUCUUUCUCUCAGCCUUAUCCUUGAACGUGGGAGUCGAUGUUUCCUUAUAAUUUUAAUCUUGCGAAUGAAGAGCCACAGGUGAAGCCAAAUUAAAGACAGACAGUGCAAUGCACUGUACAGGCAGCGCUUAUCUCAUUGCGCCGCGUGAGUUCGGAGGUCGACAAGCGAAAAGCGAUCGAAGAUGAAGUUCGUGGGAUAAUAAAUGAUAGUCAAGGGUCGGUGUGGUUAGUCAGAAGAAGUGGAAGUUGGCACGUCGAGAGGUCUAUAAUUUACUCACUGUGAGAUUCGGGAAACGAGUGAGUGAGACAUUGACGAAGCGAUGCCUGAAAAAUAAGUCUUUUUAGUGUCCGUCAUGGGGAGAAAGUGUCUUGAGGAGCUUUAAGGUUUCCUAACACCGAGAUCGAAAUACCCAAAUUGCCUAUAUUGUGUUCUCUCGCACAGACGUUGUCACGUGAAAUCGAUGUCAGGAAAUUAUUAUCUAAUUCAAAGAAUAUUUCAAGAGAUACUCAAAGAUAAUUCAAAGGAUUUUUCCUCCACUCUUUUGUAUUCUCUCUCUCCCUCUCCCUUUCUCUUUCUUUUUCUCUCAUUCUCACUGUCUCGUACCUUCUGACUUGAAACGUGUGAAAAUCAUAUACAUCCUGGUACGUCAGACCUUUUGCCGCUCUUUAUUACUCGAAGCUAAAAUCUAGUCUCAGCUGUUGCGGCGACAUUUUCGCGAGGUCGUACUGCGCGUUACUGGCAGGUUGCAGGAUUAUCCCUCCUUGUGCGUUUGACCUACGACAAAUCGUAAGACGAUGAGCUUGACCGGAAGAUUUAAGGUGGGGCAGGUGGGACAGGUGGGACGGUUGGGUGGAUGGUUUAUCUCCUAGAGAAUCGCGGGGAUGAAAUUACGUAAGGGCCAGGUCGCUGUCACCGUUCGGCAGGUACGUGAAUCUUGAUCUACGCGUCGAGCGACAGAAUAGAGAGCUGCGUUGCUACACGAUCUAAAUUAUGCACAGCCAGCGACAUCUUCUUAAAGGAUUUUCGAUAUUUGUUGAGCUGGUGGCUGAGGACUUUUUUGAAGAUUAAAUGAGAUGGGCGAGAAAUGUGGGAAAGGAGGCCAUCUGGACGGGAUGAACUCGAGCGGAGAAUCCAGUGGGGGGACGAUGGGAAAGGACUACGAAGGUGGAUGCUCGGCUGCUGAGGAAGAAUCCGGUAUUACAUUACCACUGUGGGAGGCGGCUGCAGCAUCCCUGACCCUUGGAUUUCUAGUCCUGGCAACGGUCCUUGGUAACGUCCUCGUGAUCCUAAGUGUCUUCACCUAUCGUCCGCUCCGCAUCGUCCAGAAUUUCUUCAUCGUCUCGCUGGCUGUGGCCGAUCUCACGGUAGCGAUCCUCGUGAUGCCAUUCAACGUAGCCUACCUCCUCCUGGGCAAGUGGAUCUUCGGCAUUCAUCUCUGCAAGCUCUGGCUGACCUGCGACGUCUUGUGUUGCACGGCAAGCAUCCUGAACCUAUGCGCGAUCGCCCUGGACCGUUACUGGGCCAUCACGGACCCGAUUAAUUACGCGCAGAAGCGCACGCUCAAGAGAGUCCUAGGGACGAUCGCCGGGGUCUGGAUUCUCUCUGGAGCAAUAAGCUCGCCGCCCCUGGCAGGAUGGAACGACUGGCCGGAGGAACUCGAGCCAGGUACACCCUGCCAGCUGACCAGAAGACAGGGCUACGUCAUCUACUCUUCUCUAGGGUCCUUCUUCAUUCCAUUGCUUCUCAUGAGUCUCGUCUACCUGGAGAUCUUCCUGGCGACGAGGAGGAGACUGCGAGAGCGCGCCCGACAAAGUAGACUGGGCACGAUGCCUUCGGCGAGGCACCGCGAGACCGACGACCCCGAGGAGUCCGUCAGCUCGGAAACGAAUCACAACGAGAGGUCGACACCAAGAUCCCAGGCCAAACCGUCUCUCGUCGAGGACGGGCCCACGGUGACGACCACCAUCGGCACUGGGGGCCACCGUCGUCAGGCAGAAACGACGACGACCUCCACGGCGGUCUAUCAGUUCAUCGAGGAGCGACAGAGGAUCUCCCUGUCGAAGGAGAGACGAGCCGCUCGGACACUUGGCGUCAUUAUGGGCGUCUUUGUCGUCUGCUGGCUCCCGUUCUUCCUGAUGUACGUCAUCGUGCCCUUUUGUCCAGAGUGCUGCCCAUCCGAGAGAGUAGUCUACUUCAUCACCUGGCUUGGCUACGUGAACAGCGCCCUCAAUCCGCUCAUAUACACGAUCUUCAACCUGGACUACAGGAGGGCCUUCAGGAGACUCUUGCACAUCGGCUGAAGACGGAUGAGGACCAGCCAGAAAGGAGAACGAGGGGAGAGGAGGGCCAGUCGGCUCGCCGACGUCUCUUUACACUUUGUUAGUCGCGCUCGUGUCACCCGUCAAUCUCGAGCUUUCGGAACCGUAAGUAUGUAUUUCCCGUGACUCAGUCUCUACGCGUGAGAGAUCCUGGAGAUCCCUCCUAUCGUCAACCUUAACCAACCCAACGCCCAGGGGAACUUGGCGAAGGACCUCAAUCUAUUGCCCAGGUCCACCCUGGUCCGUGCUGCAGUCUGGUACCUCGGCGCGCCCUAAUUUUCGUUUUACACGUGAACGAUUCGUUCUUUCAUGUAAAUCCAGUAAAAUGGUGCAGCGCCCACUUGCCCUCUCAGUUGUCCGGAAGUUCGAGAUCCCGCGAGUGGCCAAUCACGAUAAGCACAGCAAUUCGCGUUUACCGAUAGGACUUUUCUACAAAUCGACCAAGUCCACUCUUGAGGUGUUUAGAAGCUAGAUCGUACCUUGUACUGGAUAUACUUUAUUAUAUCGCCGUGACUUCUCGUAGUUAUACGCAUAAAGUAACAAAGGGAGGAGAAAAAUAAGAACGAAACCAUCUCCAUUUUGACGUAGGACAAUUUUUCGACAACUAUGUCUCUGACGCGCGUCACUCGUGUCCUGAUAUAUUUGCAAAUAUUUGCAAGAAGCACAAGAUAAGAAUUCACACAGAGUACGUGCUUCCGAUUGGUUAUUUAGAACUAGGCGAAAUUAUUUCGUAUUCAUUGAGACUAUAUUAGAAAUUAUUUGGGAAAGAUCGGUGAAUACUAUUCUAGUGAAACGACGCGAAAUAUGUCGUUAAUUAAAUAUUCAUUAGCAACGACAAACGAGACGCGUAUGUCGUAGAUUGGCGGGAAUACCUGCCCUGUAGAUUGAAAUACAAGUAUUACGGUUGUGAGUAUUAUAACAGAAUUAUAUUAGAGUCCAUUUACUAUUAAGGACGUUAUUACAGAGAGUAAAGUCAGGGAACAGAACAAGGCCAAGGAAAGGAGGAAAACGAAAGGAUCACGUUAUACGUUUAUACGUAUACAAAGCUAUUCAUAGGAAAUUUCCUAAUCGAAUUUGACAGCUGUAAUGCGAUGACGAAGGCAGCACAUGAACUCCGCAUAAAAUCAACGGAGGAUCGAGACUCGUAAUUAUUACGUAACGAUUGUGGCUGCCUUCCCUUGACGCAGUCUGAUACGAAUGAAAACUCGAGUAGACCGACGAAUUCGAUAAGAGUGCAGAGUUGCUUCGUUCUCGGUUGAUCGAAUGUCACUAGUGUCAGAAAAUAAUAAUUGACGCGCGUAAUGACAGCUGUCAAAUCUGACAGUUUAUUCUGAAUAGCUCUGUAUAUUUCUGGAUAUAAAAUGCAUAAUGCGUACGUUGACAUACGUGUUAUAAGAAAA